GUGUUUUGUCUUUUGGAUUUUUUUUGCUUUAUUUCGCUGGCUGAGCAGAGUGGCGUGGAGUAGUGCAUUGUUGUCUAAAGAGCUACCAUAGCUAGCAAUUGUAAGAAGCAGCCAGGUGCAGUUGCUGCUGUUAUUACUAACACUACUUACUGCAAAGCUUACCACAUUAAGAAUGCUUGUUGUACUGGUUCAGUUCUUUAACGUGCGUUCACCACGACGGUCAUAAUUAAAUAAAAAUUAUACCAAUACAAAAAAUCACAAAAAAAUUGCACUGUUUUUCCUCUUGCAUUCGUUUCCACCCAGCAGCGAACCAAUAACAGCAGUGAGAUUUUAUUUUGCGUCUAUUGAGAAUAAUUUUUAUAAAAAAUUAGUACAAAGAAAUCUUGAUUUUUGUAUUACUUAAAACAAAAUCAACAAGCCAAAAAAUAACCUAUACAUACAUAAAGUUUUUAAAAGUUUAUACUAAAUUGUAUAUUUAAUAAACUAAUUCAUCAACAUCAUCAUUUAGCAGCAUUAAAGAAAGUAGAAAGAAAGAAAAAAAAAACCGGAAACGAUAAAACAUUUAAUAAUCACAUUGCAUUUUCCUGCUAACAAAAAACACAAAAAGCUAAUGUUUUGUGCUUGAUUAAGAUCAUGGCCAAUACUACUACUACAACUGCAACAAACAAAGAGAGCCCCAGUCGUGAAUCUACAAAUUCCUCCUCGGCGCGCUUAUCUUUACUCACCGAUGCCGAAUCUUUGACCCGUGAUUACAGUUUGGGUAGCCUGAAUUCGUCCGUCAGCCAAGAUGAGUUCUUUCGCUGUCGCGAUCAUGCGGAAAGUGUCCUCAAACGUAUGCAAUUAUAUUUGGAAAAUCAACAGCUCUGUGAUGUUGUUCUAAUAGCUGGCAUUGAUGGUCGUAGAGUGCCUGCCCAUCGUCUAGUAUUAUCAGCUUCUAGUGCCUACUUUUCGGCCAUGUUUACUGGAUCUUUGCGUGAAACCAAAGAGGAAGAAGUAACACUAGGCGAAGUACACGGAGAUGCAUUACAAAUACUAGUUCAAUACUGUUAUACGGGCUUUAUUGAGCUAAGAGAGGACACAGUCGAAACUCUAUUGGCCACAGCAUGUCUUUUGCAAUUAAAUGCCGUGGUAACAGCCUGUUGUAACUUUUUAGCUAGACAAUUACAUCCUUCAAAUUGUUUGGGAUUUGCAUUUUUCGCCGAGCAACAAAGUUGCAAUACACUCUUAAGAUUGGCCAAAGCCUAUACUUGUCAGCAUUUUAUGCAGGUGUGUAAAAAUCAAGAGUUUUUCCAAUUAAAUGGCGAACAAUUGGGCAAAUUAUUGGCUAGCGAUGAUCUCAAUGUACCCUCAGAACAGGAUGUUUUCCAUAGUUUAAUGUCGUGGAUACAACAUGAUCCGUCAGCACGAGAAAAACACAUUCCUGAACUAUUAGCGUUGGUAAGAUUGCCUUUACUGCAGCCGUCCUUUAUAAUGGAUCAUGUGGAGAGUGUUUGCGCCUCAAAUGAAUGUCAACAAUUGGUAAUGGAAGCUUUAAAAUGGCAUUUAUUACCCGAAAGAAGAUCAUUAAUUGCGUCAGAACGUACAAAACCCAGAAAAUCCACGGUGGGCAGACUGUUGGCGGUGGGUGGUAUGGAUGCUCACAAGGGAGCCAUUAGUAUUGAAAGCUAUUGUCCACGUUUAGAUAAAUGGACUGUGUGGAAAAAUAUGUCUGCUCGUCGUUUGCAAUUUGGCGUGGCUGUUAUGAAUGAUAAGUUAAUUAUUGUGGGUGGUCGUGAUGGCCUUAAAACCCUUAACACAGUAGAGAGUUUAGACUUGAAUACUUUGGCCUGGGCCCCUUUAAAUCCAAUGGGAACUCAUCGCCAUGGUUUAGGUGUUGCUGUUUUGGAAGGUCCUCUAUAUGCGGUCGGUGGUCAUGAUGGCUGGAGUUAUCUGAAUACGGUAGAAAGAUGGGAUCCUGUGGCACGCACUUGGAGUUAUGUAGCUCCUAUGUAUUCUAUGCGUUCUACUGCUGGUGUGGCUGUUUUGGGUGGACGUUUGUAUGUUGUGGGAGGUCGUGAUGGUUCGGUUUGUCAUAGAUCUAUAGAAUGUUAUGAUCCGCAUACUAAUAAAUGGACUAUGCGUGCUCCCAUGAAUAAACGUAGAGGUGGUGUUGGUGUUGCUGUUGCUCAUGGUUUUAUUUAUGCACUGGGAGGUCAUGACUGUCCAGCCAGUAAUCCUUCAGUUUGCCGUACCGAUACAGUCGAAAGAUAUGAUCCUGGUACAGACACCUGGACUUUGAUUUGUUCCUUAAGUAUUGGUAGAGAUGCAAUAGGUUGUGCUUUAUUAGGUGAUCGUUUAAUGGCCGUUGGUGGUUAUGAUGGUAAUCACUAUUUAAAAACGGUAGAGGAAUAUGAUCCAGAAGCAAAUGAAUGGACGCAAGUAUCAUUAUUGACAUUUAGUCGUGCUGGAGCGUGUGUCGUGGCCAUUCCAAAUAUAAUACCCCCAUCUGCACCUAUGCCCAGUUCUACAAAGCAAUGGAAACCAGUGAGAUUGAAUCCUAGUUGCUAUCGUCGUACUGUGGAAUUUGUGGAUUAUUAUAAUCUAUAAGAUGCAUAUAUAUACACACACACAAAUAUACACAUAAUUACAAAUAUGUUUUUCACUACAUCACCAAACAACUUUAAAAACUAUCACUGCACAUUAGGGCUAAAAUUUUGAUAACACUCUGAGAAUUGGAAAAUGAGCGUUUUAUUUAAAAGAAAUUUCUCUUUGGAAUUGUAAUUAUAUUCAAAAUGAUUUAUAAUUGUUAUAAUUUUAAAAUAAAUUUCUGAAAAAAAUGCA